CUGAUUUGUAGCUAUUGUAAGGACUCAAAACACAUUUAGACCGCCUUGCGAGCUUGCGACGUUUGCACUUGCUUGCCUCUAUUCUACAGUAGACACUCGACCCAAAAUGGCCAGUGCACUGCGAGUAGCUGGCAGUCAGCACCGGACGGCUGCUUGCGCGCCAUCCACUUCCGGGCGGCCACUAUGUCCAAUUACCCGCGUCACAUACCGGGGAACAUCAUCACGUGGCUGUCGCCCGCAACGAGCCGUUGCACAAGAUGACUAUCUUUCUGAGCGUCGUGCUGAUGAAGAGUACAUGAAGGAGUACCAGGGCCUCAAAGACCAGCUUAUGGACAACACGCGGAAAUGCGGCGCUGUCGUGGCGGCUUACCUUCUACUGACUGCGGACGGGCAGGCGGCUCUGUGCGCGCUGCUGGGCAGUGCUGCCGGCUACGCCUACCUGGCUCUGCUGUACCGGGACGUGGACAGCUACAAGGCGGACACGGUGGUGCCCAUGGUUCUGGCGGAGGAGAUCGACAAUCCGGUGAUGCGGUGGACGGCCAAGCUGCUGGCCGCGUACCGGCAGGCGCUCAACGGGCGACUGCUGGUGCCGGUGGGGCUGGCGGUGCUAGGGGCCGCCUACAACCGGCUGGCGGGGCCGGAGGCGCAGUUGGACCUGCUACACCAGGGCUGCCUGCUGGGUGGCUUUUUGUCGUACAAGCUGGCGCUGCUUAUCAAGCUGGUGGACGAGCUCACGCCAAAGACGUACGUGGACACCACGGACACGCGGCCGCGGCUGGAGCCCGUGGAGGACGAGCUGGAUAUGUACGGCAGGCCCAAGCGCCGCGUCACACGGCUGCCUACCGAGGUGCUGCCGGAAGGUGUGGAGGCGGACAAGGUGCCCCUGGCCGGGCUUAUAUUGGCGGCGGAGGCGGAGGCAGCAGCAGAGGCGCAGAAAGAGCAGGGGCAGCAGCCGACUGCGGGGACACGCUGAGCGGGGACGCGCGGAGCGUGUGGAGUGUGGAGUGUUGGGAUUGGGGGUAGGGUCACGGGGUAAGGCUGGCAUGGGCUACCCCGUUGGUGAGGGUUUGUGUGUGGUGUGCAUGGGAUGGUUGUGGGCUGGGCUGCCGUGGCGGUAUCAUACUGUUAGCCAGCACUUCCCAGCAACUGGGGAAGAUGCAGGUCCAUUCAGUGCAUGGCAGUAUGGCACAGAACAGUGAGGAAGAUCAAUGCCUUCAGUAGGUAACAGUUUUGACGUUUGACGAUGUGAGCACCAGUAUGGAAAGCUUAUUGUUGGAGCGUGAAAAGCGUUGAAACCACGGCAGAGCCGGACUGUUUGCUCAGCAUGCAUACAAGACAAGCGACGAGGUUUUUCCUUGAUGCAAACAGGGGGGGGGUAGAAAGCUCAGAUUCUUACCCCAUGCUCAAAAUUACAGGGCUUUAGGAGAGCAUUAUGCACGUACUUUUAGUUUUUUAAGGGGGUGUCUGGUGAGGAAGUUCUGGGCCGCCAAAGUUGGGGGGUCGGUCCUCGUCCCUGGGGGUCCGUCGGGUUUCGGGAGCCCAUCCUGGCGGAUUUCGGGAAGCGCCCCACAAGCAGAACUAGAGGCCAAAUGCUGCAUUACGAGGCUCAUAUGUGCACGUUAUGACGUAAUAAGCACAUACAAAGCGUGGGAGGGCUAAGUUGCGCGUCCGGGCGUGGACAUGUCGGGACAUGUCUCCACAUUCAACACAUGCGCACUGACACAGCUGGGCUCUGAAGCGCUGAUGCGCACGAGUUCACGUCUAACAAGGCUGCCGAUGCACGUUGUCCAUUCGUAACGCGGCAGAGAGUUGAGCGCGGGGUGGUCUGGGUCGAGGGGAUUUCCAUGGAUAGGAUCCCGGUGACCGAAGUAUCAGAACAGGACCGCUGAUGACACGGAGUGAUAGUGCUCGUCAAGAGGAGUCGAUUGACACCACUUUGGUAUUAAAUGGAGGGGUUUUAACCCCUGAACAACAAGGUUUUGUCCGUCAGGGGGUCGGUCGUCCCCUCAAGGGGGGUCCCGGGGGAUUUCGGGGCAUGGGGUCUGGCACUUUGUUUCCUACCCCCCCCCUGAUGCAAACGCAACAUCGCGCCGUCUAAGAGGAAGGCUAGGGCUUGUUGGGGACCUCUGAUAAUCUUCCUACGCUUCGAAGAUGCAGCUGAUGUGAGAGAUCCCGAGAUCCGGUAUGCAAUAUGUGAAGGCUAGCGGCGAUGCUGGACUUUCAAGCGGCAAAGACACGCGUUCGUGAGCUACUGUAUUACCGCUUUGCAGG